CGCCGACAAGAUGGCGGCGGCGGCGGCGGCGGAGGGGAUGGUGGCGCCAACGGCUUUGUUUCCCCUCAGCGCCUGAAGCCGGCCGCCACCGGCCCGGCCGCGAGGGACAGCGGCGGAGACAUGACCGCGGAGCCCGCGAGUGAAAGCAAGUUGAAUACAUUGGUGCAGAAACUUCAUGAUUUCUUGGCUCACUCAUCAGAAGAAUCUGAGGACGCAAAUUCUCCUCCAAGAUUAUCUAUGAGCAAAAAUAUAGAUAGUGACAGUAUGCCUGGAAAUAUUCCAGCUCCAGUGGAAAACAACAGGGAAGAGGGUAGUAGCUCUUCUGAAAGAUCCAAAUCAUUAGGAUCAUCGCGCUCCAAAAGGAAACCCACAGUUGUAACAAAAUAUGUUGGCUCAGAUGAAGAACAAACUUUAGAUGAAACCAUGAAUCAAGAUGUUUCAAAUGAAAACUCAGAAAAUGAAGUUGAUAUGAAAAGUUUGCCAAAAGGAACUAUAGUCGUACAACCAGAACCAGUACUUAAUGAAGACAAAGAUGACUUCAAGGGGCCUGAGUUUAGGAACCGGAAUACUACUAAAAUGAAACCAGAAUCUCAGAAGAAGCGAGGAGAGGAAGGGCUCCAUGGUAUUGUCAGCUGUACAGCUUGUGGUCAGCAGGUGAAUCAUUUUCAAAAAGAUUCUAUCUACAGACAUCCCACGUUGAAAGUACUUAUAUGUAAGACUUGCUUCAGAUAUUAUAUGAGUGAUGACAUCAGCCGUGAUGCAGAUGGAAUGGAUGAACAGUGUAGAUGGUGUGCUGAAGGUGGAAACUUAAUUUGCUGUGACUUUUGCCAUAACGCAUUCUGCAAAAAAUGUAUAUUACGCAAUUUAGGCCGAAAGGAGCUGUCAACAAUAAUGGAUGAAAAUAAUCAAUGGCACUGCUAUAUUUGUCAACCAGAACCUUUGCUGGACUUGGUCACUGCUUGUGAUAGUGUAUUCGAAAAUUUGGAACAAUUAUUACAGCAAAAUAAGAAGAGAAUCAGAGUCGACAGUGAUAAAAGUAAAAUGUAUGAUAAUUCUCUUAAAUAUUCUUCAAAGAAAAAUAGUUCAAAUUGUAAUGGAGAAGAAAAGAAAUUAGAUCAUCCAUAUUCUGGUGCUCUAACUUAUUCUUAUAAAGCAUUAAUGGUGCCAAAAGAACUGCUGAAGAAAACAAAAAAGCUUGUUGAAACCACAACUAACAUGAAUGCUAGUUUCGUAAAGUUUUUGAAGGAGGCAACUGAAAAUUCUGAAAUAAACAGAACAGUACAUAUUCGUCAGCUGAAGGCUUUUAAGUCUGUAUUAAAUGACAUAAAAAAGGCUCAUGCAGCAUUGGAGGAAGGUCUGAACCUGGAGAUUCAAAAUCUAGAUGCUAAAAUCAAACAGAAACAUACCAAAGAGAAGGAAACAGAAAUUAAAUUGAGUAACAGUGAAGUGAAAAAAACAGAAGGAAAAGAAUUCAAAGAAACUAAAAUUGUAUCGGAGGUCAGUGAGCCUACAGAUCAGAGUGUGCCAGUAAUAGAACGGAUGGGAAGCAAAAAAUUGAACUGUAAAGAUAAAAAGUCUGGCAAAAGCGAAGAGCUUCAGUAUGAACCUAAUAACACUGAAGCUACAGAUAUGGAUAUUGUUUCUGUUCCUUCAUCUGUUCCUGAGGAUAUUUUUGAAUCUUGUAUGGAUGUACAGAAAGCAGGUGAACAGAGUAUUGGAAGCAGAACACAGCACGGUGCAAUAAAUACUAGUAAAUCUAAGGAAAAUAAAGGUGGGACAAAGUUGAUACAGUCUCCCAAAGUUAAGAAGGAAUUGGUUGUAAAAUUGACUCCAGUUUCCUUGUGUUGUUCUCCUGUAAAAGCUGAGGAUCCAGAUGAAAAGCUGGAAAAGGGAGAGAACAAAGAAGGUGGAAAAGAAAAUUGUGGUUCUGAAUGUAUACCAGAAAAUGAUAUCUCUUCACAGGUAGAAGAUCACGAUCUCAGAAGAUCCCCACGAGUUAAAACCACCCCAUUAAGGCGUCCAACAGACAUAAACGCCUUGACUUCUAAUUCUGAGGAAGACAGUAACGAACCAUGUGGUGAAAAAUACAGCAGAAAAUCCACACAGUCCAAAAGGCAAACAGAUAAGCAGAGUUCUCCUGGUAGCACCGUUUGCAGUCCUCAGUCUAACAAAGGACUCCCCCUAGACCAAAGCUCUGAUUCUGAUGAAAUGCCUGCUGUUCUCCAAGAGGUAGCCAUGAUGAGCCAUAAUUCUUCAGACCUUGAUAGCAGCAGCGAAAUACCCAAGGGUGCACUAAAUGCUUUAAAGAAGCGAACAGCGAAGGAGGAGAAUGGAAAACGAAAAAGGAAAAGUUCUAGUUCUGGGUCAGAUUUUGAUGCUAAGAAAGGUAAAUCAAAUAAAGAUUUAGGUGCUGCUAAAAAGAAACGCCAGAGCUGUUCAGAUUCUUCUAAUAAUGAUUCUGAAUUGGAAAGAGAGAAUACGAAGAAAAUUGAGCAUAUGAGGAAAGGUACAAAAGAAACCCCAAAUGAGGCUUCUUUGGAAGAGGAAUUAACCAAAAAAGGAAAGAGAGAGUCAAACCAGAAGCAGCAAAAUGAACUGCCCAGUGAAGUUGAUGAAGAACUCUUAACUUCAAAUACUGAGAAGGCAAGCAAUUCUCUGGAGGAUGCACCUUGUCAAGAGGCAUCCGUUAAGGAGAAGCAAGCACGAGACUUCAAGGAGAGAGCGUUGAAGGGGAAACAGAGCACGUCAUCUAGAAAAGAGAGUGGCAGCGCUCCAGGCAAGCGAAGCCGGCUGUUGGGGAGACCACAGGAUUUGUCUUCUGAUGAGGCAGGGCGGUCCCCGAAGCAAGAGCAAAGCAGUGAGUCCUCCGACGAGAGAAAGAAAGCCAAAAAAGGUUCAAGAGAAAAAGAGAGUGCAAACGAGGGAAAAACCUCUGAAAGGAGGCAAAGCGAUUCCUCUUCUGAAACUGAGAAGCCGCCUCCUGACAAAGAAAGCAGCAGUGCUUCUGGCAGUGCUGGCAAGAAACCGAGAACUGAAGGAAAAAUAGGAAGGAACCUGAGAGAGAGAAUUUCUAAGAAACCCCAAGAGAACGUUUCAGAUACUGAAAAGCCUCCCCCAAACGAACAGCUCUGCGAUACUUUGGAAGACGGUUUAAAUAAAAAGGGAAACGAGGCUAAAGAAAAGAAGAAAAGUCCUAAACUGAGGAAUUCAAAAAAAGCAAGAGGCGACCUAUUGUCUUCUUCCGAUGAAGACUUCUAUGAGGAGAAGAAGAGCAAAAAGAGAGGGGCGGCCAAGAAGGGAAGCGGCAAAGGCGGCCGCAAAGAGCGGGGGAAGCCCGACUUUAAGAAAACGAAGAACAAAUCCGCCAGUGCCACGUCGUCGUCGUCGAAUGAAGCUGAAAACGAAAACCUGAAUUCGGCAGGCGAGGAAAGCAGCGACGAGCAGAAAAUAAAGCCAGCAACAGAAAGUUUGUUGGUGGAUAGAAAAUUGGGAUUUUUUCAGUCUUCAGGAGAUGAAGGAGAGAAUAAAUCUGCAGCUGUGCCAAUGGAAGAGGAGGAAGAUGAUGACGAUCCUGAGAAUAGAAUUGCCAAGAAAAUGCUUUUAGAAGAAAUCAAAGCCAAUCUUUCCUCAGAGGAGGAUGCUUCUUCUGAUGAAGAAUCCAGCGAUGGGAAGAAAAAGAAAGGAAGGCAAACAAAAAAUAUAAACGACAAUGGAGAGAAUGAACAAGAAGAUGACUUUGACUCAGAUUCAGAUGCUGAAGAGGCCAAGAAACCUAGAUACAGGCACCGUUUGUUAAGACACAAAUUAACAAUGAGUGAUGGAGAGUCUGAGGAAGAGAAGAAGGGAAAAUCUAAAGAGGCAAAAGAAGUUAAACGCAGGAAUAGAAGGAAAGUGAGCAGUGAGGAGUCAGAUAAUUCAGAAGCCAACGAAUCUGGAAUUAGUGAAGAAGUGAGUGAAUCUGAAGAUGAUCAACGUCCUAGAACGAGAUCUGCCAAGAAAGCUGAAUUAGAAGAAAAUCAGAGAAGUUACAAACAGAAAAAGAAAAGACGACGCAUAAAGGUCCAGGAAGAUUCAUCUAGUGAAAACAACAAGAGUAAUACUGAAGAUGACGAUAACGAUGAUUCUAAAUCUCCUGGAAAAGGCAGGAAAAAAAUACGAAAGAUUAUUAAAGAUGAUAAACUCAGAACAGAAACCCAAAAUGCAUUGAAAGAAGAAGAGGAGAGAAGAAAACGGAUUGCAGAAAGGGAGCGUGAAAGAGAGAAGCUCAGAGAAGUAAUAGAAUUAGAAGAUACACCUUUGAAAUGUCCAAUUACAACUAAACUGGUUUUAGAUGAAGAUGAAGAAACCAAAGAACCAUUAGUGCAAGUUCAUCGAAACAUAGUGACAAAGCUUAAACCUCAUCAAGUAGAUGGUGUUCAGUUUAUGUGGGAUUGCUGUUGUGAAUCUGUGAAAAAAACAAGGAAAUCUGCAGGCUCUGGGUGCAUUCUUGCCCACUGUAUGGGUCUGGGAAAGACUUUGCAGGUAGUUAGUUUCCUUCAUACUAUUUUGUUAUGUGACAAACUGGAUUUCAGAACCGCUCUUGUUGUGUGUCCACUGAAUACGGCCCUUAACUGGAUGAAUGAAUUUGAGAAAUGGCAAGAAGGCCUAGAAGACGAUGAGAAACUUGAGGUUUCUGAACUAGCAACGGUGAAACGCCCUCAAGAGAGGAGCUAUAUGUUGCAAAGGUGGCAGGACGAAGGAGGUGUCAUGAUCAUAGGCUAUGAAAUGUAUCGUAACCUUGCACAAGGAAAGAAUGUGAAGAGCAGAAAACUGAAAGAAAUAUUCAACAAAGCCUUGGUUGAUCCUGGCCCUGAUUUUGUUAUCUGUGAUGAAGGACAUAUACUAAAAAAUGAAGCUUCUGCUGUUUCUAAAGCCAUGAAUUCUAUCAGGUCCAGGAGAAGAAUAAUUCUUACAGGAACCCCCUUGCAAAACAAUCUCAUAGAAUAUCACUGCAUGGUUAAUUUCAUCAAGGAGAAUUUGCUGGGAUCAAUUAAGGAGUUCCGAAAUCGAUUUAUAAAUCCAAUCCAAAAUGGCCAGUGCGCUGAUUCCACUCUAGUAGAUGUGAGGGUGAUGAAAAAGCGGGCACACAUCUUGUAUGAAAUGUUAGCUGGAUGUGUUCAGAGGAAAGAUUAUACAGCAUUAACGAAGUUCCUGCCACCAAAAUAUGAGUAUGUCCUAGCUGUUAGAAUGACUCCCAUUCAGUGUAAACUGUAUCAGUAUUACUUGGAUCACUUAACAGGUGUCGGCAACAGCAGUGAAGGUGGAAGAGGCAAAGCUGGAGCUAAACUCUUCCAAGAUUUCCAGAUGUUAAGCAGAAUUUGGACUCAUCCUUGGUGUUUGCAGCUGGAUUAUAUUAGCAAAGAAAACAAGGGUUAUUUUGAUGAAGACAGUCUUGAUGACUUCAUAGUAUCUGAUUCCGAAGAAACGUCAGUGAGCUUAAGCUCUGAUGAAUAUACUAAAAAGAAGAAAACCAAGGGCAAGAAAUCUAAGAAAGACAGUAGCUCUAGCGGAAGCGGGAGUGACAAUGACGUUGAAGUGAUUAAAGUCUGGAAUUCAAGAUCUCGGGGAGGUGGAGAAGGAACGGUGGAAGAGCCAGUAAACAACCCUCCAAUCGUUUUAAAGGCAGAUGAAGGUAAAACUACUUCCUCUUCCAAUCCAGGCAGCCCAGCUCCUGAUUGGUAUAAGGACUUUGUGGCUGAUGCUGAUGCUGAAGUGUUGGAGCAUUCUGGGAAGAUGAUGCUUCUGUUUGAAAUCCUGCGCAUGGCUGAAGAGCUUGGAGAUAAAGUCUUAGUGUUCAGCCAAUCUCUGAUAUCACUAGACUUGAUAGAAGAUUUUCUGGAGUUAGCAAACCGGGACAGAGAAGAAGGAAAACCAGUAAUAUAUAAAGGUGAAGGAAAAUGGUUCAGAAAUAUUGAUUAUUAUCGUUUGGAUGGUUCUACUACUGCUCAAUCAAGAAAAAAGUGGGCUGAAGAGUUUAAUGAUGUAACCAAUGUCAGAGGUCGUUUGUUUAUUAUUUCUACUAAAGCAGGAUCCCUUGGGAUAAACCUAGUAGCUGCAAAUAGAGUAAUUAUUUUUGAUGCCUCUUGGAACCCAUCUUAUGAUAUUCAGAGUAUCUUCAGAGUUUAUCGUUUUGGGCAAACUAAACCAGUGUAUGUGUACCGAUUCUUGGCUCAGGGAACAAUGGAAGACAAGAUCUAUGACAGACAGGUGACAAAACAGUCGCUGUCUUUCCGAGUUGUUGAUCAGCAGCAGGUUGAACGCCAUUUUACUAUGAACGAACUCACAGAACUCUACACGUUUGAACCAGACUUACUGGAUGAUCCCAAUUCAGAAAAGAAGAAGAAGAGGGAUACACCCAUGUUACCCAAAGAUACAAUUCUAGCUGAACUGCUCCAGAUCCAGAAAGAACAUAUAGUGGGUUAUCACGAGCAUGAUUCCCUUCUGGACCACAAAGAGGAAGAAGAAUUGACUGAAGAAGAAAGGAAGGCAGCUUGGGCUGAGUAUGAAGCUGAAAAGAAGGGUCUGACAAUGCGCAUCAACAUGCCAGUGGGGCCAAAUAUGUUCCACCCCAAUUUCACCUCUCAAACUCCAUAUAUUCCUUUCAAUCUGGCGGCGUUGUCUGCAAUGAGCAACCAGCAACUGGAGGACCUCAUUAAUCAAGGCAGAGAAAAAGUUGUGGAAGCAACUAACAGUGUUACUGGAGUAAGAAUUCAACCCCUCGAAGACAUUAUUUCCUCUAUAUGGAAGGAGAAUCUCACCCUCACCGAGUCUCAGGUCCAGGCCUUGGCUCUAAGCCGCCAGGCAAGUCAAGAGCUGGAUGUGAAGCGCCGAGAAGCCAUCUACAACGAUGUCCUGACAAAGCAGCAAAUGUUAAUCAGCUGUGUCCAGAGGAUCCUGAUGAACCGGCGGCUGCAGCAGCAGUACAGCCAGCAGCAGCAGCACCAGCAGCUCUCCUAUCAGCAGGUGCAGCAGGCAGCCAUGAGCCACCUGAUGAUGCCCAAGCCCCCGGGCUUGAUGAUGAACCCCUCCAACUUCCAGCAGAUCGACCUCCGAGGAAUGUACCAGUCCGUGGCUGGCGCCCUGCACCCUCCGCCACUGCAGCGAGCUCCUCCCCCCAUGAGGGCAAAAGCCCAGGACCAUCCCAAGGGAAAUCUAUGUGAUUUUGCACUAGCUGCUUGAAGGAUUGUUAAAAUCAGAGAGAGAGAGAGAGAGAGAGAGAGAGAACUUUUUUUAUUUUUUUAGGAAUCAAUGGCUUAACAGAACUCAACUGUAUAAAUAACUUCCCCCCCCCCGCCUUAGUCGCACCUUCUAUUUUAUCAUUUCCAUGUUGUUUUGAUACGAUGCUCUCUUACCCCGAUCUUUGUCAGUGACAUUGGCUAGAAUCUUCUUACAUGUGUUGCGUACAGGAGAUACUGAGUUGUUUUCAGUGAAAACAGGCCCUUCCGUAGCCUGAGGGGGCUUCGCAGGCUUCCUCUUCCCACUCCUACGCUUGCUGUUAAUAGCCACAAAAACAGCCGUCAGAUGGGAAAAGCUUAGGGAAGUUCACCGAUCUGUAUAUUUCAGUCAUCACACCUAUACGUACACAGCUGAGUUCUUGGUUAAAGUUGAUUCCUCAAAUGAUGGAACUCUUUUGUAUUUCUUCCCACAAGGCACACAGGACUGACACAGAGGUCCAUUCUACUCUCUAUCAUUCGUGAUGGAAAAAUAAAGCAUAGGAACUGAAAAUGAUCUAGAGACAGUGCAAUAUUCUUAAAAACUACUGCUCUGAAAUGUCUGAAUUACACAGUUUUCUGGAAACUGUCUGCAGCCUUAAGUAAUGGCCUGAGAAGAGGCUCUUUUCUCUAGCCUUCUGCCACUUCUGUUUCCUCUUUGUGAUGGAAGAACAUCCAGUAACUUUUUUGUCCUUCAUCAACGUAUUUUCAUCCUGCGCUGAUUCUGAUGCAAAGCACAUUUCUAUUUGCGCCUUUAUACUGGUGCUGGUGUCUCACCCUGUUGCCGGCAGUAGGGAUGAGAGACCAAGAAGGCUGAAUUCCAGGGACUUUGGGGCUUGAAGAAGGGGCAGCAGCUGGGAUGGAGCCGGGUUCAGCCCAUGAUCUUGAACCGGCUGAACCGCUGCGCUCAGUGCAUGAAGGAAUGUGCUUUCACGAUCUGCAGCACUGCCAGAGUUGUGAAAUAAUUCCUCUUUUUAUAGAUAAGUAUCUCUGGUUACCUCACAUUUCUUUCCUAGUUUUCAUUCUUUUAAGAAUAUGAAGGUGAGGAAGAAAAAACAUCGGUUUUUUUUAUUUCAGUCCUAGAAAAAAAAAGUGAAUGUCUGAUUAAUUACACCACUAACAGCUACUUUUCAGCAUAAAAAUGGGAUUGUCAUCCAUUUUCUGUAUUGGCAACAUAAAGCUUUUUCCAUGCAUUAGUCCAUCUGAUGUUUUUAAAACAGAAGAACUUCUGGAAUGUGGGCACGAUAAUAAAAUGACAGGUGCGUUUGUGGUACUGGAGUCAGAAGAAGAAAAUUUACAGAUGGGAGAAUUGACUCCAGACAUCAUGAACCGUGAGAGUUGCUAAUAUGUUUGGAAGUCUAAAUCUUUGGCUUUCUGAAUCACUCUUGAAGAGCAAUGCCUUUUUCUUCUCUUGUCUGCACCUGUUAGAAUCUAGACAGCACUGAUUUUGGAAAACAUUUUUAUUUUUAAGUGAAUCUUCUUGAUUGGUGAUUGGAACAUCUAUUUUACAGAAACAAAUAAUUGUGAGCUAUUUUUUGUUCUUUUUAUGAAAAAGUGGGGUGAAUCUUCAGCCCAACAUCAUCCAAUGGAGUGAAUUUAUUACGUUUCUUUAAUUUGGUAAGAAAGGAAAUGCUCCAAAAUUUGUGCUUGCUUCAGAAGAAAUGGAGACUUUCUGAGACAAUUGUUUGAAAGCAAAUAUACCUGUCCAGAACAUUCCUACAUUUUCUGAGCUGGGAAUUUGAGUGGCAUUUUUACAAUGCUAGAGACUUAAUGUGAAAGUUUAGGCAACGUUUUAAAGUCCCAUUAUUUUUCCCACAAGAAGAAGAUACCUGAUGUGGAUGAGGAUGUCUUGGAGAUGGGAAACUUUGAGACUUGGACCACUUUACAUACAUAUUUCUCACUUGUCAUUAUAGCUGCAUAAUAAUGUGCUUUUGAGUAUAACAUCAAGCUUUAAUCAAUAUUUAAAGACAGAAAAUGGCAUCAACAAAAAACUCAUUUUUAUAUUUGUUUUAGAUGUUUUAUCUAGUUGAAAUGGCUUAUAUAAGAUGAUGAAUAAAAUGUUGCUUGUAAUACAGUUUUGCCUGCUAAAUUCUCCACAUUUUGUAACCUGUUUAUUCCUUUGGAUGUAAAGCGUUUUUGCUUAGUAUUGUGAUCCUGUACAUGUUUUUGUCCCAGUUGUAUAGUAAUGUUUCAGUCCCUCGACCAGCUUUGGCUGCUGAAAUCAUACAGCUGUGAAGACUUGGCCUUCAUUUCUGUUUAGACGGCUUUUUCAGUUAUGUAUUAAAUAUCAUAAAAGUACUGUAGAAAAGAUGUCACUUCUUCCUAUAAGGCUGUUUUGUAAAAUAUAUAUUAUGGACUGGAAAUGUGUUUUUAAAGAAAAGCAUUCGAGUAAGACAGUAUGCUAUCUGUGUUUUCACCAUUCAAAGUGCUGUUUGGUAGUUGGAACUUAAAAUAUUUAAUAUCUCAUUUAAUAAAGUGACCAAAA